UCAGCUGAUGGCCCAAAUGUCUGCAGGCUCCCCCUGCUCCUUCAUUUCCCAUCCUCGAGCGACACCGAGCAGCACUGAGAUCCCAGAGCCAGCGGCUGAGCCAGCAGACACCACGUCGAGGAGCUGCACGGGCACGGAAUGACCCACACUGCGACCUCCCCACACUGCUGACCCACAGCCUUGGCCGAGCAGCAUGGUGGGGCAGAGCGAAGGCAGGAGGGCAGUGCUCCUGGAGCCCUUCGUGCACCAGGUGGGCGGCCACAUGAGCAUGAUGAAGUACGACGAGCACACGGUCUGCAAACCCCUGGUCUCACAGGAGCUGAGCUUCUACGAGUCGCUGCCCCUGGCCAUGAGGCAGUUCACCCCUCAGUACAAAGGAGUCGUUUCAGUGCACCUCAAGAAGGACAGCUUUGGCAACCUGACCCUGCUCGCCAGCCCCAACCUGCAGCCCGAGGGCUGCGGCCGCCUGGACAACACCAGCAGUGACAUAUGGCACAAAUACAAGUGGGCUGCCAGCACCAGCAGUGGCACCGAGCUCGUCAAGAGGUGCCACACGCAGCUCACCAAGACCUUCAAGGACAGCUGCCCGGGCAGGAUGCGACUGAGGACAGACCUUCAGUACUGCACAGAUUCACUUUUGGAAGAUGCAAACAGAAACCAGACAGAAAAAAACAGCUCCAACCCCUGGGGACUGCACUGUCACAGACAGCACCUGAACCGCAUGUCCUCCAAGUAUAAUGAGAACAAACUGCAUCAGUUUCUAUUGCUUGAAAACGUGGUGUCGAAAUACAGCUACCCCUGCAUCCUGGACUUAAAGAUGGGAACCCGGCAGCAUGGGGACGACGCCUCGGAGGAGAAGAAAGCACGGCACAUCAAGAAGUGUGAACAGAGCACCUCUGCAUCGCUGGGCGUCCGCAUCUGUGGGAUGCAGGUUUACCAAGCGGAUGCUGGCCAUUUUCUCUGCAAGGAUAAAUACUAUGGAAGGAAACUCUCACCCGAGGGAUUCAGGCAAACCCUGCAGCAGUUCCUGUGCAAUGGAAACCAUCUCAGAACGGACGUCCUGGAGCCCCUCAUCCAGAAGCUGAAAGCUCUGCUCUCCGUCAUUAAGAAGCAGAGCUCCUACAGGUUCUACUCCAGCUCACUUCUCAUCAUUUACGAUGGACUGGAGCACAAGGAGAGCACGGCGCCUUUGGAUAAUCACCUCCAGGGGCACUUCCAAAAAACAAACUGCAUCACGUCGCACUCCAGAGUCGACGUCCGCAUGAUAGACUUUGCCCACACCACUUUUAAAGGCUCCAAAUGUAACCACACCACUUACGACGGGCCGGACCACGGCUAUAUUUUCGGUUUAGAGAACCUCAUCAAAAUCCUGCAGAACAUUUCAGAAGGAAAAUGACACGUCCUGUGAGUUGGCCCUGAGAAGCACCACACUGGGUCCGUAGGAUCCUCCCAGCUGCAGAAUGUCACGUGCAUGGUUUGGAAUGAGAGCACGGACAGCUUGCUAGGAAAGUGCAAAAACUGCUACGUGCCAUUACUGAACUCAACCGUAAAAAGCAAAGAGCUGAAAGAAUCUGUUCUGUCUGCAAUCAAUCAGAAGAUUUAUUUUCCUUUCUUGUUUUACUGCUGUCCUUGAUUUAUUUGUAAGCCAAAAGAAAGCAUUACUUGAAAGAGUCUUAAUGAUAAAAUAGGACCUGCUCACCUCCACCACGCUCACAAAGCCGAGCGAGCUGAGAAGAUAUUGUGCAUUUAAGUGAGACUAUUAAAAUGAGCUGGCAGGUCUUAACAGAUGGCAGCAUUACUUUCAACUCAUGCUCAGCGCUAUAGGCUGAGCACAAAGACAGAAGUGGAAGAAAAAUGCACACCCUGACAUUCACGCUCCACCUGCACAGAGCUGUUCUUGCAAAGCACUUCUCCACACAGCGCAGGUGCACGGUGCUUUGUUCAAGCACAGAUAUGCCAGAUGCUGCAGAGCUCCUGGUUCUGUCCUGCUGAAGGUGUACAAGCAGGUAGAUCUCCGACCAAAAGUGGACCCUGCAAAGGGUUUAAUACCCCCCGUGGGUCAUAACAGAGCAUGUUUCCAGAACUUUCUCAGCAAGAAGCUCCUGAGGGGCUGAAGUAUGAUUCUGUCAGUAGUCAAAAAGUCAUUCGCAUCAAGGUAUUUAUGCUUCGAAUUCAAGAAAAAAAAAUGUCAGGGGCUGGAUAUUAAAGGUUACCUAAAAAUUCUUUGGUACCAAUAUAAUGUGUGUGUUUGGAGGAAACGGUAACAAAAAAAAACCUGAUUCAAUGUUUACAGCUUUUGUUGACAGACUUUAUUAUGGAACAAACAUAAUUCCUUCCUGCAUGGUGUGGGAAGCUUGAAGGGGAAGUCCUUACACAAGGAACAGGGGUACAGAACCCAGUUACUGGGGAGUGGGAAUACAAAUAAAGUUGUCUAAGCAACUCUCA